GAUACGGGCCAAAAGUGGGAACGCUUGUGUAACAACAUGCAUUUAAAAGAACAUACACUACCGAAAUAAACCUUAAAACAAAAUUAACAGGGAAAAUAGUUUGCAAAUCACUAUGCAGUGUGAAAGAUGUAAAAUAAAAGAACAUUGAAUUAGCAAACAAGGGCCAGAGUGCAAAAAGACUUUGCAGAUUUGAAACUCUGUUUUUGCUAUUGUGCAACUACAAAUGUCUACCUCACGAUUAGAGUGUGAUUCGCUGUAUUUACUAAGGUGAAGAAGGUUAUAAAAUGAGCUCCAGUGUAGACAGAGAUGACAGCAGCAUUUUUGAUGGGUUGAUGGAAGAUGAUGACAAGGACAAAGCUAAAAGGGUUUCCAGAAACAAAUCUGAGAAGAAACGCAGAGAUCAGUUCAAUGUCCUCAUCAAAGAGCUUGGCUCCAUGCUCCCGGGUAACACCCGGAAGAUGGACAAAUCAACAAUAUUACAAAAGAGCAUCGACUUUCUGCGCAAGCACAAAGAAAUUGUUGCACAGUCAGAAUCAAGUGAAAUACGAAAAGACUGGAAGCCUCCAUUCCUUAGUAAUGAGGAGUUUACACAGUUAAUGCUGGAGGCACUAGAUGGAUUCUUUCUAGCAAUAAUGACGGAUGGAAAUAUAAUAUAUGUUUCAGAAAGUGUUACCUCCUUACUUGAACAUUUACCUUCCGAUCUCUUGGAUCAGAACCUGUUAAAUUUUCUCCCAGUGGGGGAGCAUUCAGAGAUAUAUAAAGUUCUCUCUACUCAAAUGCUGGAAGGGGAGACUCCGGCUCCAGAAUACUUAAAGACAAAAAAUCAGUUAGAAUUUUGUUGCCAUAUGCUAAGAGGAACAAUAGAUCCUAAGGAAACUCCUGUAUAUGAAUAUGUUAAAUUUAUAGGAAAUUUCAAGUCUUUGAAUAAAGUGCCUACUUCCACACGAAAUGGCUUUGAAGGAGUUGUACAAACAUCCUUAAGGCCACCAUAUGAAGGGGGUGUGUGUUUUAUAGCAACCGUAAGAUUAGCUAAACCCCAGUUUAUUAAGGAAAUGUGCACUGUGGAAGAACUUAAUGAAGAAUUCACGUCACGACAUAGCUUAGAGUGGAAGUUUUUAUUCUUGGAUCACAGGGCACCUCCAUUAAUUGGAUAUUUACCCUUUGAAGUUCUUGGCACGUCUGGCUACGAUUACUACCAUGUGGAUGACCUGGAAACUUUGGCAAAGUGUCACGAACAUUUAAUGCAGUACGGGAAGGGAAAAUCAUGUUAUUACAGAUUCUUGACCAAAGGACAGCAGUGGAUUUGGCUUCAGACCCACUACUAUAUCACUUACCACCAGUGGAACUCUAGACCUGAGUUCAUUGUCUGUACACACACUGUAGUAAGCUAUGAUGAGGUAAGAGCUGAACAAAGAAGAGAGCUUGGGAUUAAAGAGACUCCACAGGAGGUGGUUGCAGAUAAGAGUCAAAACUCGGAUUCCCAGCUGAACACUGUCAGUCUGAAGGAGACUCUGGAAAGAUUUGAUCGGACUCCUUCAGCCUCCUCGAGGAGUUCACAAAAGUCCUCACCCCACACUGCAGUGUCUGACCCGACUUCAACCCCCACAAAGCUACAAACAGAAACCAGCACACCCCCACGGCAGUCUAUGGCUUCAGCAAUUGGAAUGACUUCACAGAGGAGAUCAUCAGUAAGCAGCCAGCAAUCAAUGAGUUCUCAAAACACUGGCCAAGCUAUGGCCACACCUAUGAUCACCCAGCAGCCUGCAACUCUACAGAUUUCACCCAGCAUGUCACAGCCCAUGUUGCAAUUCUCUGCCCAGCUUGGAGCAAUGCAGCAUCUCAAAGAUCAACUGGAACAGAGGACACGGAUGAUCGAGGCAAACAUCCAGAGACAACAAGACGAGUUACGAAAGAUUCAGGAGCAGCUCCAAAUGGUUCAGGGACAAGGACUGCAGAUGUUUCUGCAGCAGCCUGCUGGUGGGCUAAACUUUGGUUCUGUGCAGCUUUCCAGUGGAAAUCCACCUACAAUGCAGCAGGCCACCUCAAUCACAAUGCAGGGACAAGUCAUUCCAUCAAGUCCAAUCCAAGGAGGCAUGAGCACUGGUCAUAUCAGCACACAGCAUGUCAUACAACAGCAGCAGCAGCAGCAGCAGCAGCAGCAGCAGCAGCUUUUACUAAGAGAGCAAAACGCCACAUUAACACAACAACAGUUUCAGCAGUCUCUGCAACCAGGACACAGCCAGCAGACUUCCCCUCAAAACACAUUCCCCCCCUCACUGUAUAACACUAUGAUGAUCUCUCAGCCGGGAUCUGCAAACAUGGUACAGAUUGCAUCCAGUUUACCCCAAAACACCAACCAAAGUGGGGCAGUGGCCACUUUCACUCAGGACAGACCGAUACGGUUUCCUCAAGGACAGCAGCUUGUUACCAAGUUGAUGACGGCCCCAGUGGCCUGUGGGACAGUCAUGGUACCCAGUACUAUGUUUAUGAGUCAGGUGGUGACAGCAUAUCCUACCUUUGCAUCUCAGCAGCAGCAGCCACACACAGUAUCAAUAACACAGCAGCAACAGAGCCAGCAAGAGCAGCAACAGCAGCAAAGCACAGUUCAGCAACCAUCCCAAUCACAGCAGUUCUUACAGGGUCCUCGAUUCCUUCAUGGCAACCAGUCCACUCAGCUUAUCCUGUCAGCUGCUUUUCCAUUACAGCAACACAGCACUUUUACAGAAGCACACCACCAGCAACAACAACAGCAACAGCAACAGUCGCAAACAAGACUUUCUCUGCGUAGAACUGACAGCAUGUCUGACUCUUCCAGUGUGCAGCCUCAGUGACCUGGGCAGAGCUCAUAAGACAAGCAUUGGUGCUUUCCAAUCAAGUAAUUGCACUGAACGAAACAGUAGUGCAGGAAGCUUAAAGGGCAGUAUUUAUUCUGUACUUCAGAAGUAUUUUGUUAAAGGAGAAAAAUAACAUAACACAUCACUACAAAGUGCUUUGGGUUUCUAACACAAGUUGAUCCAAGAGGCAACAAGACCCCAGUAAGCAAGCUGUGUGUCCUGCCCCCUUCUCAGUGGACUGCUCUGCCAAGCAUCACAAGUUCAGACAUAUUAAUUAUGGCAACAGGAAAGCAGCGCUAAGAUGUUCCUUCUCAUUUGCAAUUUCAAGCAGUAGUUUUAAUUAUGCAGAGUGUUUAAGCAGAAGUGCUACUGCCUUUUUUUUUUUUUUUUUUUUUUUUUUUUUUCGAAAAGUCCAAAGGACAUUUUUGUUCAUGUCAAAUUAUUAUGGGUCAGGAAAUAUUUUCUGACUGUCCUGUGGAUUCAAAUAUACUAUACAGACACCAGUAAAAAUUAUAUGUAAAUAUCUGGAUAAAAGGAAAGAUACAACAUAUUUUAUGAUGCAUGAAAGUAUAAACUGUUUGAAUAUAUAUUUUUUCUAGUGUUCUGACAAGAUGCUAAAGCUAAUAUUUUCACUUGAUAUAUUGCAUCUGCUUAACUUCAGCACCUUUUGUUUGUGCUUCAAGUAUGUGUGUCAGUUUGUUUUAAUAAGGUAUGUGUUUUUUUUUUUUUUUUUUUUUUUUUUUUAAGUAUCCUGUUUUGUGAAUUUGAGAGAUUUAUUUUAAAGAAAGUAUUUCUGUAAAAUUGUGUUCCAAAGAUGCACACUAAGACAAAUUAUAUCUUACAUUUUAAAUGUAAGGUAAGGUGACAAAGUCAUAUUCUAAUAUGUAAAUAAUGAGAUUGUAAAGCUUUGCAUGCAGUUUUAGAGUUCAUUAAUCAGUGCCAAGAAAUAACAACUACUGUCAUUAUACUACACAUUAGUUUUAUAAUAACUAUCCAGAGGUUUUAUGGAAGAAAGUCUUAAUAUUUUCAGAGUUUAUCCUGGUAACUGUAAAAAAAAGAUAUAUAACACAGUAUAUUUUAAUUAAUUUUAAAUUGUAAAAACCUGAGAGUACAAACAAUAUUAUCCCUAAUAGAGCUAUCUUUCUGCACACAAUUACACAUUUGCACACUACAAUUAUAUUAUAAUAUAAUUACCUGAAAUGCAAAAUACAGACCACCGUGGCUUAUGAAAGUGACAGAGCUGUUGGGUACUUUAUGGCAUAUACCGUACUUCAUGCAAAUGAACAUACCGGUUUUGACCUCCACCCCUGUAAAGCAAGAACCCAGAAAGCACAGUCAAUCUGCAUGAAUGUUACCUUUUAAAACUCAUGGCAAUGCUGCUCUGAUUUUAACUGUGUUUAUUUAAUGUGAUCAGUGUUUCAAAUAACCGUAAUAGUUGAAGCAAGAUUAUGAAUGCCAUACCAAUACCCACUGCUGAUUAGAUCGCCCAGUAUUAGGCGUGUGGAUGUGAUCCAUUCUCCUGACUAGCUCUACUCCUUAGUGUUUUGAGGCAUGAACAGUUGGUACUUAUUGAUGCUGAGUACAGAUCUCCCAAAAACAUUUUGGAAAAUGUAGCUAGUAUUGCUCUAAUGCAGAGGGUGCUGGUAUACAUUUUAAUGAACAUUUUUCUUUCAAAGGGGAAAAGGAAUUGUCAAGAUGUGAAGGUUAAAACAUGAUACAACAGCUGACCCAAUUCCACACACACUGUGAUAUCUGCUGCUAUUUAACUGGAUUAGUCCUCAACUCCUAGAGCACAUUCAACCUGUCCAGUUCCUCUAGAUGUAAACAACCCCCACCCCCCCUUUUCAGAUUUUUCUGAAAGAAAUGUUGUACUUUAACAUAACAGUGCAUGGUUGAUAUGUUGUAAAAAAUAUUGUUUUCCUUAACCACUGCUGUGUGCUGUCCAAGUGUUUAAAUAAAAAAAAGAAAAAAAAAGAAAAAAUAAUUAUAAAAUACAUCAUGUAUAUAAUAAU